GACAAAACCCGUCCACACAACCUUUUGCUUCGAUUCAAUUUCGCUUCCAUCUUUCCUCAAGAAACCUAGUCCACAAUCAAUUCCCAAAUUAACAGUGACACUUAUUUCCGUAACCCACCAUUUUCUGAACCACUUUUCAAUUCCAUACCUUCAUUAUUACCAUUUCCAAACACAUAUCUCAUCAAUCAUUCAUGGAAGUUCAUAUUAUUUUUUAUACAAAAUCCUAAAUUUAAACAAAACCCUCCCAUUUCUGGGUGAAAUUUUGAAUUUUGAAUUUCAAAAUGUCAUUGAGGAUAAAAGCCGUGGUGGAUAGGUUUGUGCAAGAGUUAAAAGAAGCUUUAGAAGCUGAUAUACAAGAUCGAAUAAUGAAGGAGAGAGAAAUGCAGAGUUAUAUUGAAGAACGGGAAAGGGAAGUUGCUGAACGUGAAGCUGCUUGGAAAGCUGAACUUUCUCGUCGUGAGGCUGAAAUUGCUCGCCAAGAAGCAAGACUGAAGAUGGAAAGAGAAAAUCUAGAAAAAGAGAAAAGUGUACUCAUGGGAACUGCAUCAAAUCAAGAUAACCAAGACGGAGCACUUGAAAUCACUGUCAGUGGAGAAAAAUACAGAUGUCUGCGAUUCUCAAAGGCUAAGAAAUGACUGCCUCGUUGAAAUUGACGUGUUUUGGUGCUAAUCCUGAUCUCUGGUUAGAUUUCUUAUUGAACUCUUGGUAGAGCAAGCUUCUAUCAUCUCAUAUAUGUUCGUGUACAUGGCAGCACAUUGUUGCAAGGGAAACUUCAACAGUUCAUAGAAGUAUAAAUCUCUCUGCCAUUAGGUAUGAUUCAGCAAUUGAACAAAGGGUUGCAGUUAGUGAAAAUAAACCUAUUCAAAUUUGUUUCCUCGUCGAGGUUAUUGAUUAAUAUACUCUUUAGUUUUUUGCCAUCAGCAAUUCGGGUUUAUAUGUUAUUCUGCUUUCAUUUUCUCACUUGUUAGCUGCUAAGCAAUCAGCUCCCUCAUAUUUUCUGGAUUUAGCAUAUCAAAUUGUCCAUAUGGUCAAGAGUAGGAGAAAAGCAAGGGUAUUUAGCUUGUUUAAAACAUUCUAUGACUGAUUUGUCUAAUUUCUUCAACAA